AUGUUAGCUGAACUAGACUCUUUCGUAGAAGCCAAGAAUACAUUGCAGGCUACUAAACGAAUAUACAGUGUACUCUCCAAUUCAGAUAAUAUGGAGGAAACAUUACCUCUUACCAAUUCCAAACGUCCAAGAGUUGAGACGAAGAACUCGUCUUACGCUUACGACUCAAUGGAACUUGAAGCAGUGGAGGCACAGAAAGUUUGUUUGCCUUCAAAAUACCCGACAACAAAUUUCAUGGAAACUGUUAUGUCACCGAUAGCCAGCACUUCCACUCAACAAAUGCCAGUGGCAACUUCUUCACCUAUAGCGCAACUAGUUCAGCAGACUACUAAGGAAAACUGUGAAUCAGAUAAUAAAGUAGCCAAUGAGUUGCAGUCAAUUAGAGGGAAAUGCAGUCCCUUAAAGGAGAAAUGCAUUCUUUUAAAGGAGAAAUGA